AUGUCUUCGGAGAAGGCGGCAUUGGCUCUUAAGCGCGUCGUGCUUGGGGCGUUAGCGAUUUUUUGCGGUCUUGCGUUUGGCACCCUCCAGAGCUUGGAUGCUGUAAAGUUGUUUAGUUACUUGCGUGCGAACGCCCAUCUUCGCCAGAUCCUGGAGUCGUGCUUGGUGGUAAAUAGCGUUUUUUUCCUCAGCCUAUGGGCCGCCUCCUUCCUUUUUUCCUACAUGUGGGACUUCGGUGGAGGCAUUGUGUGGGGCGCCAGCGGCGGCGGCGGCGGCGGCAACGCGGUGGCGGCGAGGAAUGGUAUCAGUCUUGCGGGGAGAGUUUGGUCGUCCGUGUUCGAUCUGAUGUGGGUUCUCCCCGUCUAUGCUCUCACGCAGGCUCUCGGGGUGCGUUGGUACAGCGCUCUCUAUACCGAGGCCUACGCUGAGAAGCGACGCCGCGCGUCCUCGUUGGGGGCGCAGCGGGAGGCCAGCGAGUACGGCAAAGACGGCGAAAUGAAUUCUCCACUUGCCCCGCAGGGCGCUGAUGGAACUUUUUCGUUUCGCACUGUAGUAUUGUCUGCCAGCGAGAUUAUCUUUAAGGCGCUUGUCACGGGCGUAUACGCCCUCCUGGCCGCGGUGGUGGCUGCAGUUGUCCCUUCCCCAGUUGGAAAUUGCCUUGCCUUUGUAAUGAAUAGCUGGCUAUACGCCUUCUACGUCUUCGACUACCGUCUGUCUACGCAGUACGUGUUCGACCGCAGGUCACGACGUCACACCCGUGUGGCUCUAACGUCAGUGCUGAGAUUUUUUGAGAGACACUGGGCCUAUUUUUUGGGGUUUGGUGCCACCCAGUCGGUCAUUACAGCCGCGUUACGAACUUCCUGGUUGGCGUCCUCAUGGUUCUCCACCGCGUCGGUGACGUCAGUCCUCUUUGGGGCGCACAUCGUGCUUUCCGUGGAAGCGACGCCGUCUCCUCGCGCCCCCUUUUCCGUGCUGAUGUUCACACCGUUCUUCGCUCUCUGCGGUGUGGCGCUGCGCACCAUUAGGAAUGCCAUGCGCUGA